UCUGCUCAAUUCCUCUGGGAGUCGCAUCCUACCUGGUUAGGAGGUGUUUUGCCGCCCCACACUGAGCCUUGCCUUACUCACUCACCAGACUGCUGCUGAGGUGGUAAAGUCUUGGUUUGAAUUAAAAGGAAAAAUCAUCCCUGAUGGGUUCUUGGAAGGUUUUUCUCCUCUCUCCUUUUAUCCUGUGGAGUCAAAGUAAAGGGGUCAAGUUGAUGUUCUUGUUACUGAUCCUGCAUUUGGGAAACUGUGCUGAUAAAAUAGAUGAUGAAGAUGAUGAAGACUUAACAGUGAACAAAACUUGGGUCUUGGCACCAAAGAUUCAUGAAGGAGAUAUAACACAAAUUCUCAACUCACUGCUUCAAGGCUAUGACAAUAAACUUCGCCCAGAUAUAGGAGUGAGACCCACAGUAAUUGAAACUGAUGUUUACGUAAACAGCAUUGGACCAGUUGAUCCCAUUAAUAUGGAAUAUACAAUAGAUAUAAUUUUUGCCCAAACCUGGUUUGACAGUCGUUUAAAAUUCAAUAGUACCAUGAAAGUGCUUAUGCUUAACAGUAAUAUGGUUGGAAAAAUUUGGAUACCUGACACUUUCUUCAGAAACUCAAGAAAAUCUGAUGCACAUUGGAUAACAACUCCAAAUCGUCUGCUUCGAAUUUGGAAUAAUGGUAGAGUUCUAUAUACUUUGAGAUUGACAAUUAAUGCAGAAUGUUACCUCCAGCUUCAUAACUUUCCUAUGGAUGAACACUCUUGCCCACUGGAAUUUUCAAGCUAUGGGUAUCCUAAAAAUGAAAUUCAAUAUAAAUGGAAAAAACCUUCUGUAGAAGUGGCUGAUCCAAAAUACUGGAGGUUGUAUCAGUUUGCAUUUGUAGGGUUACGAAACACAACUGAAAUCUCUCACACAAUCUCUGGAGAUUAUGUUAUCAUGACAAUAUUUUUUGACCUGAGCAGACGAAUGGGAUAUUUCACUAUUCAGACCUACAUUCCAUGUAUUCUGACAGUUGUUCUUUCUUGGGUGUCAUUUUGGAUCAAUAAAGAUGCAGUUCCUGCAAGAACAUCACUUGGAAUCACUACUGUUUUGACUAUGACAACUCUGAGUACAAUUGCCAGGAAGUCCUUACCUAAAGUUUCUUAUGUGACUGCCAUGGAUCUCUUUGUUUCUGUUUGUUUCAUCUUCGUUUUUGCAGCUUUGAUGGAAUAUGGUGCCUUGCAUUAUUUUACUAGCAACAAAAAAGAAAGCACUCCCAGAGACAAAAAGACAAAAAACAAGGCCUCGGUGCCCUCUGGACUCCAUCCUGGAUCCACUCUCAUUCCAAUGAAUAGCAUUUCUGUGCCAGAAGAAGAUGACUAUGGAUAUCAGUGCUUGGAGGGCAAAGACUGUGCCAGCUUCUUCUGUUGCUUUGAGGACUGCAAAACAGGAUCUUGGAAGGAGGGAAGAGUACAUAUACGUAUUGCUAAAAUUGAUUCCUAUUCUCGGAUAUUUUUCCCAACAGCCUUUGCUUUGUUCAAUCUGGUUUAUUGGGUUGGCUAUCUUUAUUUAUAGGUUCUACUUGAUAGGCAAAGGCUAUCAGACAUCUGACUGAUUCCAGUAUGAUCUAUUGUAGGUUAGCAACAUGCAAUUUAAAAUAAAAACAAAGAGGAACCCAUUACUAAAUGUGAGUAGCAAUCUAUUUUAAAGGGAGUAAAGUAUCAGCUUAAUGUUAAUUGUAAAAACAGACUAGCUGCAAAAUUUAAUAUCUUAAAACACAUAUAUAUCUUACCUUAAAUUUUAUUUUACUUUAUUUACUUAGGCUUAUAUAAGAAUGUAUAAGUAUUGUUAACAGUGGAAUAAUUUAAUACAUAUUUAUUUAUGUAUAAUUCUGUCUUUGUAGUUCAAACCUAAUAUUUAUAUAGUAAUUUUUCACAUGAGAAUGUUGACAAACUGGUAUUUUCUUUCUUUUUAAAAAUAUUCUUCAUUGGGGGAUUAAUGGUUUAUAGUCAACAGUAAAAUACAAUAGUUUGUACAUGUGUAAGAUCUCUCUGCAUUCCACAUAACAAUUCAGCCCCCACUAGGUCCUCCUCUGCGAUCAUAUUCCAGGACUUGAACCCUCCAAUCCCCCAACCCCACCUCACCCCGAGUCUUUUACUUUGGUGCAAUACACCAGCUACAGUCCAAGUUCUGCUUUGUGUUUGACAAAUUGACAUUUUUUUGUUAUUUAUUUAAUUGUUUAUUUUCUUGUUAUUUAUUUUAUCUGAUGGAACAGAGCUAGUUGAAUUAUCCAAACAUAAUCCCUCUGUUUUUUUCCCAAAACAGUUUUACCCCCAAUAAGAUACUCAUAUUUAAAUUCUUCAUUAAUAAUAGGAAAAUAUAUCAACUUUUAUCUUUUCAUCCAAUUCAUCUCAUAGUUUUAUGUUAAGUAAAAUUCCGGCUACAUUUGGUUUUGGUGAUUUACAAAAUCACAUGAAAAAUACCAAUGCCAUUUCUGUUAAAUAAAAGGUAAUUUUUAAAAUUAAAGAAUAUUAGAUAUAAUAGUUUUAAUUUCUGAGAUUAUUUAGAAAAUAUGAGAUUAACAGUGAAAAAUUUAGAUCAAUACUGGGAUCAGAGAAAAUGAUAUUUUCCAUUUUGCUCUACCAAAAUGUUAUGUUCCUUAAAUUAACAAAAUCAUAAAGGAAUAAUGCUUAUAUUUACACUUAUGGUUAGAAAUGAUUAUUUAGAAAACUGAAUUGAAUUUUACAUUGAGGUUGUGGUAUUAAAAUCUACUAUUAUUGUUUUACAAACUAAAUAUUCUAGAAAUGUAGCUAUAGGCCUGUGUUAUACAAUGCCUUUCAGAGUUUGUAAGUUUGUAGCUGGUGAGUUUCAUAACUUUUGUUGUAAAUCAUUAUAACAUUCUUUAUGAAACUGAAGCAGUCUCAAAUAUCAUGAUAAAUAUGAGGUUUUGUUGGAAACAUCUCUAAUUAACAUCAGCUUAUUAAUAAAUAAGUAUAAAUUCUUAGAGACAGUCUCAGGAAAAAGCCCAUUGAUCAAUAAUUUUCUGAAUAUUUUUUCUGAGAGUUUAAUCUAGACAUUAAUCACGAUGUUUUGGUAAUUAGUUUGACAUAUCAAUUGUUUUUAAAUUUUUCAUGUUAUUUCACCAAUACCUAAUAUAUUUUUCUUUCUUUUUUUGUUGCCACCAGGGUUUGUGCUCUGGGCUGAUUUUCUCUGCUAUAGAGAAAUAGCAACAGAGGGAAGAAGACUACAGCACUGAAACUUCUAACAGCGCUGUGGCCUGAAACUUGAGUUGCAUGCACUAGUGCUAUUGUGCCUGCUGCCCUAGACCAUGAUCUAGUUUUCUGAAAAAUAUUAAGUUUUAGAGAAACUUUCCAAAGCUGUUUCUAUUGUCAGCAGCAAUUAUCAAGAUAAAUUUUAUGAGCAGGACCACUGAGGGUAUCUGGAGAAACUGUUGGAUACUAUAUUUUUUCUAAUUAUUUAUUUAUGUAUAUGUUGAUGCAUUUACUUGGUUUUUGUUGCAAUAAUUUCCUUAAGAUGGUUAGCAAGCAUAAGGAUCUAACAUGUUAUACAUAUUUGCUUACUAAUUUCUAAAAUCUAAAUAUAUAUAUUUUUUGUUUCUAAGCUAAAUCUGAUUUUUAAAAACUUGAUCAUUUUUAAUAGUUUUAAAAAUAGUUUUUUUUUUUAUUAUCUUUUUUACUGGGUAGAGACAGCCAGAAAUCAAGAUGAUAAGAGGAGAUAGAGAGGAAGAGAGAGAGAGAGACCUGCAGCACUUGCAAAGCUUGCCCCCCCUGCAGUGGCUCAACCCAGGUCCUUGAACAUUGUAAUAUAUGUGUUCACCCAGCCCUGGUUUUUAUUUAUUCAUUUUGGAUAAAAACAGAGAAAAAUUGAAAGGGAAUAGGAAGAUAGGGAAGGAGAGAGAGAGAGAGACAGAGAGAGAGGGAGAGAGAGAACAAAAACUCACCUGGCUUCUUAAAAUUUGACUUAUAAGCCUCUGAGGUUAAAAGUGUGAAUUGGAUGAUAAUGCACCAAAUAUCCACCAAUACUUUUAUUCUAUUUAAUUUAAUUAUUUAAUUAAUUUUUAGAAAAGCACUACUGACCUCUGGUGGUGCAGGGGAUUGAACUUGGGACUUUGGAGUCUUGAGGCAUGAGAAUCUUUUUGCAUAAACAUUAUGUUAUCUACCCCUGUCUAUUCCAUUUUACUUUUUAAGUGGAGAUCCAAUUUAACUUUUGGUCAUGUAUGUAUUCAUUGGCUAUACGUUUUCCAUAAAUUAAUUUUUAUAAUAUUGACUGUUGAUGGAUAUUCUUAUAGUGAAUGUUCAUUUAGAGAUAAAUGAAAAAUGAUUACUGACAUGAAUAAUGAAAUAUUUAACUAAAAUGAAUUAUGACUAGUUCCUUAUUUAAAUUAUACACCUCAUAGUAUCUUGGGACAAUUUUCAUCCUGAGUAUUCAACUCUUUUUGAGCAUGACUAUAUUUCAAAAAUACUUAAGAGUGAUUAAUAUGUGUGUGUGUGUGUGUAUGUGUGUGUAUAGCUUUAAUCUUCUCAUUGGUGUUUCCCUAAUGACUAAAUAUUUGCACGUCAAAAAUAUUUAAAAGUGGAAAAAUAUAGAAAACUAUGAAAGAUACUAUAUACAACCAUUGUACAUAGCAUCAAUACAAACACUUUGUGCUUUGUACCUACCAUCAAAACAUACACUUUUCAAACACAUUUCAAACACUGGUAUCUUGAGCUAUUUCAUCUAAAAAUACAGAUACAAAAAAGUGGUAUAGAAACUGAAUAAUUUCUUUUAAAAAAAUGAAGCUGGACUUAGGACUUACAAAUCAAAUAUAGCUUAUUUUCAAAGGGAAUGGAGUCUAAUGCUUGUUCUUCUUUCAAGUAUCUGUUUGACAUGUUUAGCAAUAGUUUUUUUUGUUUGUUUGUUUUUGUUUUAAUUCCUUGUUGUCUCUGGGUCAGUUAUGUUUUGAUUUAUUAAGUUGACUGGAACUGAAUUUCCUGGAUAUUUUAAAUCACACAGACUAAAAAUAUUGGUAUUGUGAAUGGGAAGGAUAAACAGAGUGGACAGAUGAGAAGCAUUUAUGAAAAUGUUAAUUUAUACCAGACCUUUAAAUACAUGACCAGGAUGUAGGAGUUCCAAGGAAUAAUAUGAUUGGUAUAAUUUUAUUCUUGAAUUGAAAAUGUAUUUGUUACUGGAAAUUA